CGCUGCUUCACUGCUUGUUAUCGCCCGGCCCGGUCGGUCAUUUCAUCAGUUCUUACACGAGUUACACUAUUCUGUUACGGGAAUAUUAAUUAUCAAAGAUUUGGUAAAGGGAUUUUUAAUCUUACAAGACGCCAUUGUAAAGUUGAAGGAAAGGUUCAAAAAUGAACAUUGAAGAAAACGUUCCAGAAUCCACGGGGGAGCAAGGAAAAUCGAAGAAAGCAGCAAAGAAAGAGGCAAGGGAAGCUGCCAAAGCUGCUAAAAAGGAAGAGAGAAAAACAACUGUGGAAGUAGCACAAGUAGAUGAAGUAGACUACUCAUCUGGUUCUUAUGGAAAUGCGGUUAUGAACCAAAGUCAAGAAAAGCUGGAGAGAUCUGUAUUGAGAGUUGGUGACCUUGGGACAUCAGUCAUAGACAAGAAAAUCUGGGCGCGAGGUAGACUGCACACAAGCAGAGCAAAAGGAAAACAAUGCUUUUUUUUGCUUCGUCAACAACAGUCAACUGUGCAGUGCCUUCUGGCUGUCUCAGAGUCUACCAGUAAAGCAUUUGUGAAAUUUGUUGCUGGAAUUACUAAAGAGUCGGUCAUUGAUGUGGAGGGUAUUGUUCGUUCUGUGCCACAAAAGAUUGAAGGAGCAACCCAACAAGAUGUAGAACUUCAUGUAACUCAAGUGUGGGUUAUCAGUGCUGCUGAACCACGCCUCCCGCUUCAGAUUGAAGAUGCCUCUCGUCCUGAAGAAGAAAAAGAAGGAGAAUUAGCCAUUAGAGUAAAUCAGGAAACACGGUUGGACAACCGUGUUUUGGAUUUACGCACGCCCACUAAUCAAGCGAUUUUUCGCAUCCAAGCAGCCGUUUGCCGACUUUUCCGUGAAGCUCUUGAUCAACGGAAAUUUGUAGAAAUUCACACUCCGAAAAUCAUCUCGGCAGCUAGCGAAGGAGGUGCCAAUGUCUUCACCGUCUCUUAUUUUAAGGGAUCUGCUUAUUUAGCACAGUCACCUCAACUUUACAAACAAAUGGCUAUUGCUGCAGACUUUGAGAAAGUUUAUACGAUUGGAGCUGUUUUCCGAGCUGAAGACAGCAACACUCAUCGGCAUUUGACUGAAUUCGUUGGCCUUGAUUUAGAAAUGGCUUUUCACUCUCAUUACCAUGAAGUGCUCGAUACUAUCGGAGUUGUAUUGACAGAAGUCUUCCGGGGACUCCAGAAAGAUUGUAUGCAGGAAAUUGCAACUGUAAAUCGUCAAUUUCCAUCAGAGCCGUUUACCUUUCUGGAUCCUCCUUUGCGCCUAGAAUUUCCGGAAGCAGUUGAAAUGCUUCGUCAGGCAGGGGAACAAAUUGGCGAUGAAGAUGAUUUAAGCACCCCAAUGGAGAAAUUACUUGGACGUUUGGUGAAAGCAAAAUACGAUACCGAUUUCUACAUUCUGGAUAAAUAUCCAUUAGCUGUUCGACCGUUCUAUACCAUGCCCGAUCCAAACAAUAAGAAAUAUUCGAAUUCCUACGAUAUUUUCAUGCGCGGAGAGGAAAUCAUGUCUGGAGCUCAACGUAUUCACGAUCCCGAAUAUUUGUCCGAACGAGCAAAACACCACGGCAUCGAUUUAUCGAAAAUUAAAGCAUACAUUGACUCUUUCCGUUAUGGCUGCCCCCCGCAUGCUGGUGGUGGUAUUGGUAUGGAACGAGUGGCUAUGCUUUUCUUGGGACUCGACAACAUCAGAAAAACAUCUAUGUUUCCUCGCGACCCAAAAAGAAUUACUCCCUGAGUUUCUUGGAUACUCCCGAUGCUUUUGCAAAACCAAUUUCUGAAGUCUUUUUCUUGUGAAUUUUGUUUUACUUCAUUGGGAAAUAAAAUAUGGUUUAACUCAA